UGUGUGUGUGUGUGUGUGUGUGUGUGUGUGUGUGUGCGCGCGUGUGUGUGUGUGUGUGGGUGUGGGUUUGUGUGUGUGAGGAAGGAAAGAUCCAUUCUGUGAUACUCCCCACCGACGCUACACAACAGUAGAGAAGACGCCGACCAGAGAGGAAGACGACAGCAAAAGGAAGGUGUGAAGAGAGACGGCGACGCGACAGUUGUUGUCUCGGCAGAGAGACGCUAACACCGAGUGUGCCUUCCAGCAUCGGGACGAAACCCGAGGGUGCAGUGGGAAGCAUUGGGAGGAGAACCGAGCACGCACGCACGCGCACGCACGCACGCACGCGCGCAGACGACACAAUGAUGACAGAAACCCAGAACGCGCACGUGUACCGCAUCAACGUCUACCACAACAACGACUACAGCGACAGCAGCGGUGGCGGCUCGGACGACGCCUACGAUGACGACGGCCCGCUGUUGAACGGAGGCGUGAGAGUCGUGCAGAAGCGACCUACCAUCGCCGCCUACACGAACGGACACUCCGCCAACCACAUCAACAACAACCACGCUGCUUCCCACAUCACCAACGGUAACCCUGGAUGCCAUCUUACUAACGGUAUUGCGGGCUCUACCCUUUCUAAUGGUCACGCUGGCUCCCACAUCACCAACGGCAAUGCUGGUUGCCAUGGCAGCAACGGUCAUAGCGGCUUUCACAUAAGCAACGGCCACAGCAUCCACAUUAGCAACGGACACAGCGGUUCUCACCUUAGCAACGGUCACAGCGUCCACCUUAGCAACGGACACGGGCACGUUAACAACGGCUACAGCCGGGACUUUGACGACGUCGACGACGGUAACUAUAGCAGCAGCAGCGGCGGCUACGGCCACCACGCCGCAGCAGCCGACACUUACGGCAAUGGCCACCUACCCUCCGCCGCCCCCUACGGCGAAUACUCUAACGGGGGUGGCGUUCACUGCCACACGUCGGCGAGUGAGCACGUGACCACCGCCGACGUUUCGCAGACGAACGGACACGCUAAUGGCUUCACAAACAACAACUACGAUGACGUGUUUGAUUCGGAAUACAUCAAUCGAAAAUCAAUGAUCAUCGAAGGAAAAUCGCGUGAGACGGAGACGGAAGAGGAGGAGAGGAAGGACGAUGAUGAUGAGGAGGAGGAACGGAAGGAGGGUGUCAGUGGAAAGGGAAUCGAUCUCUACCCGAUGAAGUUUCACCUCAACGAGCUUGCGAGCGUGAAGCUUAACGGUGUCGCCGCCGAGAGAGACCACAAGGGGGCGUCGUUCACGGGCAGGUCCCUCAUAGAUGGACGCUACCACAGUAACGUCGCCAUCACCAGCGCCACGGGGUCGGUGCGGGGCGUGAGGAACAGGGUGCGAGCCGGAAUAGAAACCUUCAAGAACCGCGGCCAACAGGACGGAACCAAGAAGAACUACGAGGAGCUAGAGAAGAACAAGGUGGUGAUCUACACGACAAGUCUACGCGUCGUCAGAUCGACAUUCGACAACUGCGAAAAAACCCGGAACAUCUUCCGCACGCUGAUGGUUCGCUUCGACGAGAGAGACCUGUGUGUGAACGAAGAGGCUCAGGAAGAGCUGCGGGAGAGGCAGGAGGUAGAGACGCUACCUGAGAUACCACAGGUGUUCCUCAACGGGGAGCUGAUAGGGGGAGCUGAUACGGUGGAGCAACUGAACGAGUCGGGCUUCCUGCGACAAAUGCUCAAGGAUUUCAAAAAGGUGAUCGCGACGACCUCUUGCGAGCAGUGUGGCGGAUUCGCCUUCCUUCCCUGCCACGCGUGCAGCGGCAGCAAGAAGUCGAUGCAUCGCAACCACUUCACGGAGGAGUUCCACGCGCUACGCUGCACAAUGUGCGACGAUAACGGACUCGUGCGAUGCGUCACCUGCAACGCCGCCCACUGACGCCCCCUGCCGGCCGCCAGGCGGAGCCACUGGUGCACCGGAGGGCGCCUUAGUCUCGUCAAUAUACAUAUAUAUAUAUAUGUAUAUAUAUACUAUAUUUAUGUUUUUUCUACAUCGGGCAUCGUAGAACAUAAUCUUCGUAUGCGUGCGUGCGUGCGUGCGUGCGUGCGUGUGCGUGCGUGUGCGUGCGUGUGCGUGCGUGCGUGCAUGCGGAGACCCUGGCUGUGGCGUAGGUUAAUUGCGUGAUGGAACACUGCAUGUGCCUUCGUUUCUCAGCGGGUAUUAGAGCUGUGUGUGUCACGUCAUCGACGGUCGAUAGAACACCGUAUCAAAGACCGCGUGUAUAAUAUUCUAUAUAGCGUAUCAUAUACGGUCUUUGAUAGCAUCGAUUGCAGGAGACUUAGUUGCUGCGUGCUUGCGUGCGUGUGUGCGUGUCUGCGUGCGUGCGUGCGUGCGUGCGUACGUGCGUGUGUGGCACUGCCCCGCGUGAACGAGAGAACGUUGAACAAAGUGUGACUUUGUUUACGUUAUAGCGAUUAUUGCAUUUAGCCAAAAUUAACGUUUCAGAUCAAUCAUGUGAUAUACGAGGAAGUAACGGCAACGAUUCUUAGCCGUUAUAUAUAUGUAUAUAUAUAUAUAUAUAUUUAUAUAUGUAUAUAUAUAUAUAUUAUACAUAGUUAUAGUUAGGCUGAUGAUUAUAAUUUGUAUUACUGAAAGAUAAAAGGUUAGCGCAACGAUGUGAGUUACUUCUACUUCCGCUAACUGCUAUAUACUACCAUGACAUAUAUAUAUAGCAACUAAUAUUGGGUCUAUGGAGGGAAGCGCGAGGUAGAACACACACAGCGCUAGCAGUGUCAGAUAAUGACACGUAAUAUUAACCAUGUAAUUAGUUUUACGAGUUUACUCAGCGAUAGCUUUUUAAAAGAUUUUUUUUCCACGUAAAGCUGGUGGCAACGCUGACUGUAAAUAUAAGCAUAUAAAGGAUAAUGUUGGCGUUUACCGUAACGCCAUCAUAGUUGGUCUAUUGUUGGAUAUAUAGCCGUAUAUAGAUCAAAACUAACACCUAAUUAACUAAUUAAUUAACUAAAUAAUGAUAAGAUUCCGUGCGAACUGUCUCAGAAUAUCUGCGCUCUGGUUUUCGGCCACGGCUCCAUUGAGCAGACUUCUGUGUCCUUCCCCGUUUUUGAUUUAUUGGUUGAUUUGAUUUCGAGCGUGUCGCACUUUACGUAACUGCAAUUUUGUAUCUACAGCGUGUUUUAAUCAGACUCACGCUUUGCAAACUGUGGUUUCGUCUUUUUUUGCAGGAUUAUGUAGCUUUUAUUAGCGGAAUCGGAAACGGAUAUUUUGAAUUGUGUAAUGUGUCAUUGUAAAAAAUGCUUCCUUAUAUUUUUAAGGUAUAUUAGUAUAUUAUUUUAUUCGUCAGACGGUAUGAAAUGUUGGCUUGGAUAUAACUUUAAUAAAUUUGUUUCGGUUGCGUUAUAUAAGACA